UGUUACCUGAUCACCUAUCAUUUCCACCUCCAGGCUUCCAUCAUCCCUCACCUCGGCGCACCUCAAUCUCUUCAAUCCCAGUCACUCGCUUGCUUCGACCAGCGUUCAACCUUGCGACUAUAGCCUUGACACCUCAUCCUCCGGUCCUCCUACAAUCACAAUGUCCUUUGAUAGACUCUCCUCUUUAGAGUCGCAACCGACGACCACCCGUCGCCAAGAUGAUCCUCAGUACAGGGACGACCCUGCAUUUUCCAGUCUCACCGAGGACUUAUCCACACGACUCUUUGAACUGGUAUCCAACAUCUCCCGUCUGUCCAACGAGAUUGCUCGGCUAGGGACGAAACGAGACACCCAGCGUGCUCGCGAACGAGUCCACGAUUUACUGGAAGAAACACGAGAUGGCUUCAAAGAGGUUGGCGAAGGUAUCAAGAGGGCUCAGACAUGGUCUGAUCUCAAUCCCUCUCAGAGAUACACGAAUCAAAAGCUAUCGCGGGAAUUUGCCUCAGCCCUUUCGGAAUUUCAAGUCGUUCAACGCAGAGCUAUGGAGAAAGAGAGAGCGUCUAAGGCUGCGUUGGAGGAAGAAGCAUCUGCACAAUCACCCACAGGCCAAGGUCAACAACAACAACUCCAGACAUUAGAGGAGCCUCGGCUAGCACAGCAGUCAGAAGUCGACUAUCAGGAAAAUCUCAUUAUUGAGCGCGAGGGAGAAAUCCGACAAAUCGAACAGUCAGUGGGAGAACUCAACGAGCUCUUCAGAGACGUGGCUCAUAUCGUUCGGGAGCAAGGGGAUAUGAUUGACGCAAUCGAUGUCAACGUGGAGAACACCCUGACCGACACCCGAGGAGCCGACAUUGAGCUGAGAAGUGCGAGUCGAUAUCAAAAGGCUGCCAGAAACAAGGCUUGUUGCUUAUUGCUCAUCAUCGGCAUUGUUCUUCUCAUUGUUAUAUUGGCCGUUGUUUUGGGUUGAGAUUAUACUGCUAGCGAUUAAUGCAUUCCUGGGUUUGAGGCCAACCCGGUUUUGGUUGUACAGAUUUGAUACUUGAGAGCUAUAUAAUUAGUACUUUGGUACACGGAGGCGUUAUUUAUCAUGGCGCCGUCAUUCGUGUCGACCCAUGUGUUGGAACAUGGAGACCGAGAGGGAAGAAUGAAACAUACUUCAGAGUGAACUUGAGGUUUAGGUGAAGGCUCAGCAUAACGCACCGCCCUGCCCUUGAAUGACG